UCUUACCAGCCCCGGCAACAUCACAAAACUCCAUCUCUAAAAAAAAAUACAAAAAUUAGCCAGGUGUGGUGGUGCAAGCCUGUAGUCCCAGCUAACUGGGAGGCUGAGAUGGGAGGAUCACUUGGGCCUGGGAGGUCAAGGCUGCAGUGAGCCGUGAUUAUGCCACUGUACUCCAGCUGGGGUGAGAGAGUAAGACCCUGUCUCAAAAAACUAAAGUAUCUCAACCUGCCAUUAGCAAGGAUGGCACUCAAGAUAACUUAUAUUGCAGAAUCUAAAUGCCCUAGUUGUGCAACAUUUCCCUCCCUAGUUGUGCAACAUUUGAACUUAAAGAAAUCAGGUUGAAAUGAUGCCCAGAAGGGGAAAGAUGUCACAUAGGGAGACAUGUGGCCCAAGAUUUGUGAAGGACCAGCUAUUUUCCUGAUGGACUUCUACUCUGUAUUUAUGAGCCUCUGGUUCUUCCUUCUGGCAUAUCCAUGAUCCACAUUCUUCCCAUUUAUUUCAAACACUUUUCUUUUUUCCCCAAAUCCUAGGGUCAGAAUGUAAUCAUAACAAUUAGACAACUUCAGUGGUGCUAGGUGACAUCCAUGGAGCAUCUGCCACACCACAGACAUGGUGAAAAGACCUUUCCCUAUAUGAUCUGCCUUCCACCUAUGUUGUACAUGAAGAAAGGGGGUCUUACUGAGGCAGAAUUGGCUUGGCCAACAUCACACAUCUGGUAAGCAGAAGGCUUUAGAGUUCAGAUCUGUCUGACUUCAUAGCCUGAGCAUUUAAUCAUUAGACCAUACUUUUCAGGGGAGAGACAAGGAUAGCAGAAGAAUGCAGCACAUGAGCUCCUUGGGGAAUGACACCAUGCCUUGUCCAUCACUGUCUCCUACACCUAUUGCCCAGCAUAUGAUAUGUGCUUGAUGAAUACUGUUAGAUGAAUGAGUGAAGGAAGGAGAGUGACCAAGAAUCUGGUCUUAAACUCAUUCUAUCUGGGCCCAGGCAGGUGCUGUUCAUUCAGCAUCCUGUAAGCAUGAAUCUCCACUGCUAUCAAUGGCUGGGCCCCAGAGAAUCAGUGAGUCGUGUGUUUCCUGCCAUGGGUCAAGGAACACAAACCAUUUGCAUGCUCAGUACUACUUCAGCUUGAAGAAUCAACCACCUCUUAUAGCUCAGCAAAUAUGGAGUUGGCAUUUCUUUUUGUUAUAUCCUUAAGACAGGAGAUGAAAUCCUGCUAACUCUUUCUGCCAUCUCUUUCUAUGAGAGCUCAAAAAUUGACAAUGAGUGCAGCCAUAAAUCCAGAGAUAAUAUUCACUUACAUAUUUUCUACUUCCUCCAACCAUUUCACAGGAAACUAAUCCAAGCCUUGCUCUUAACUACUUUGUGUCAUAAAACAAAAAUCAAACAAAAAACCCCACAAUUUCUUGCAGCCAUUUUUGUUUGUUGAUGUCUAGUUAAAAAAGGAAUUUGCCCCAAAUUCUCCAUAUCAAGUUGCCAAUAAGCACCUCUCAAUUUCAGUGAAAGAAUGCCUUGAAGAAUGUGGAUAGAUUUUAAUUCAAAUAGAGUUAUCAAACUCCAAGUGAUUGGUGCCCCACCAUUUACUGUUUUGACAGAGUCGUUAGGAUAAACAGAUGUUAGGGAAAAGGUCUACAGUGAAACGGGGAAAUUGUGUAAAAAUAAAUUAGGGAAUGUGUGGCCAAAUUUAGUCUCAGUGAGACCCACAGAAGCUGUGUGUAUGUGCACAUACAGUUUGGUCAUGGCUUAUUAAUCAUGACAGCAUUAUGUCUGUCUUUCUCACACAUAUUACACAUACAGAUUCCAUUGUGAAGUUUUUCUAUGUAGAUAGAUAUUACUGAAAAACCAACAGCAAAAGGUUUGUUAAUUUCCACAGAGGGGUAUCACGCAAACAGCAAAAACAUGGGAGCUGAGAAACCUAAAAAACAUUUUUCUUUUAAAGAUACAGUUUCGCUGCAGCUCACUGGCAGUAUUCAUUGUGUCUGUGACUCAGCUAUAAAAAAGGAAUGAGCAAUACCUGCAUCUUUGGAGAAAGUUAAUCUUAAAAGCAGCUUUGAUUACUUAGGAAAUUACUUAGGAAGCACAGGCAUUAGGGCCAGUCACACGCAGAUCUUGACUCUCAUUACAUAUCGUGGGUAAACUGCUUAACCUUUUAAAAAUUAGGGUAAAACCAUCUGCCCAAUGAGAGUGUUGGAAGGAUUAAAUAAGAUGACUAAGGAAGCGAUCUUGGUACAUUCUAAGUAUUCAGUACAUGUCAGAUGCUGUCAUGAUGGCAAAAGGCCAGGUCAUGAUGGCAAAAGGCCAUUGCAAUAAUCACCAAACAGAGAAUAUUCACAAGGCCUCAAAAAGCAGCCAGCACAGAGUCAGCAUUCAUUUUAUUGAAUGAUAGAAUGAAUUCCAUAUCCAUGGAUGACAAAUAAUGAUACAUCAGAGCAGGAAGGCAAAUAAAAUUACAGGAAUAAAUGGACCCUAUAGCCUUUCAACUAACUACAAACUCCAGACAACCUAGUCCUCUAAAGGUCCUGCUUCAUGCUCAUUAUCUUCUUCUCAUAGUUCAAACAACCCUGACAACAUUAAGGGAUGGCAUUUUUAAAUUAUUCUCUAAAAGCCUAAUGACUAGUUUGGUCUAAGACCCAGGGAGGCCACCCAAGAGGCCUCAGCUCAUAGCAUGUGGUUAAACUGCAAUCUACUCCUCAAAUUCGAAAGAGGAAGCAAAUGAAAAAGAAGCAAGGAAAGCUAAAAAGAUUCUGUAGUUGGCUGAAAAAUGAUCUGCAGUUAGGCUUUGCCCCUAUCCAAAUCAGAGUGGGGCUGUUUCUUGAAUGUCAGAACUAAAGUGUUUUCUUCUCUCACACUUUUCUUAGCUCAUUUCCCAAUCACUUUCUUGGUGGAGUCUCUCUUUGCCAAAAGGACACGCCCGUCAAUCAACACACACUACUUAUUUGUACCUGUCUUGACGCCCUCCCCAUCACUAUCUAUUCCUACACCACACUGUCAUUAGUGCAUAUUUCUAAGGUUCAAAAUUUUACAAGAUUCUUGUCCUGUAAGAGUGAUUUUCUGCUUAACACUACCAAAUUGAUCAGUCUGUGCUGUGUAUAUCCACCAUUCUCUCAAGCCAGCCAAAUUUGAUUAAAUGUACAUUUGUCUAUGCAUUAUUUUGUAACCACAAGCCUUGCCUAUGUUGUUUUCUGGUACGUUAGGCAAUUGUCUGUUUGUCAGUUAUUACCUACUACAUACCAGACAAUAAUAUAGGCUAAUCUAUAGCUUUCAUGUCUUUCAAAGGCCAUGCCCAUCAAGGCCCCUCUAUACCAUAACUGUACACUGUGGGUGCUUGGAAAGGAUGGCUAUUUCACUGGCUCACUAUGAAAUCACCAGCUAUUUCACUAGCUCACUGUGAAUCCAGGCACCUAAAGCUGUUGUAUGUAUGCAGUUUCAGGAAACUGCUGCAUUUAAAUUUGGGAAUUGCACUGGACACAAGGUCAAACGGACCUUGUUUAACUUCACAUCAAUAUUAAAAUAAUGCAUCACAUAAAAUAAAGGUGUAUGAAAAUUCUAGUUUUCAAAAUCCUGACUGACCACAUUUGAAACCUUAUGUUUGCACAGCACACAUUUUUUUUCAGUACUAGACGAUAGUUAUUAAAUGAUUUAAGGUCUUAUUAAUACUUCCUUUCCCAGACACAGCAGGCUAGGCUAGUCAGACAAACCCCUUGCUCUCUAUUUAAAACAACUAAACUUCCCAACUUAAAAAAUAUACUUAAAAGCAUCAGAGGUGACAAGAUAGUAAGAAGCUCUCAGGAUAAAAAUCUAAGGGAAACUAGGAACCCAGAGACCUAAGGAGAACACCACAGUUCCUUCUGGCCCAAAGGCAUCUCCACCAUGAGUUAAUCUGGGUUUCUGUUUUGGCAGCCCCUGGAGGAAAGGGGGAAGAGUCUAGGCCCAGCACCUACCAAUGUGGAGGAUAUUAUAGAUGACACUGUGCAUAUUAAGCUGGGACCCCAAGAUAUAACAUCCAUAGGAUGAGUGUGUGCCAUACAUAAACCCUACUUCUACCCCCAAUUCUGGGAAACUUCAGGGAUGGUUGCCUUGAUACUAAGCAGAAGAAGAGAAAAAGGGAAAGGCAAAUAACACGAGAAGUUGUGGUAAGAGACCCACAACUGUGACCAUGACCAAGGUGGUUACAGUCAUGGGGAGUUAGCCCAGGUGGGCCUGGAAGUCAUGGUAAGUCAUGUGCUUGGUCUGGGGUGAUCCUAGGCUGGGAUAUCGUCCAUGCCGGACAGGAGCAUAAGCAUAAACUCUCUAAGAGAAUCAUCAUUUUCCUAGGCCUCAUGAUUCUCUCUCCUUAAUAUUGCCUAAGAAUGAAGAGUAGUACACAAUUAAGCAUACAAGGAAAAACAGGUUCCAUGAAUCAGAAUCAGAAUCACACCCACAAAUACUGGAACUGUCAAAUACAGAUUGUAAAACAACUAUGCUUCCCCUAUGUAAAAAAAUAAAAGACCGCUCUUUUUCCGGCUGGAACCAUGGAGGGUGUAGAAAAGAAGAAGAAGGAGGUUCCUGCUAUGUUUCUUAAGGAAACCCUUAAGAAAAAGCGAAAGAAUUUCACAGAGCUGAAGAUCAAGUGCCUGAGAAAGAAAUUUGCCCAAAAGAUGCUUCGAAAGGCAAGGAGGAAGCUUAUCUAUGAAAAAGCGAAGCACUAUCACAAGGAAUACAGGCAGAUGUACAGAACUGAAAUCCAAAUGGCGAGGAUAGCAAGAAAAGCUGACAACUUCUAUGUACCUGCAGAACCCAAAUUGGCAUUUGUCAACAGAAUCAGAGGUAUCAAUGGCGUGAGCCCAAAGGUUCGAAAGGUGUUGCAGCUGCUUCGCCUUCGUCAAAUCUUCAAUGGAAACUUUGUGAAGCUCAACAAGGCUUCCACUAACAUGCUGAGGAUUGUAGAGCCAUAUAUUGCAUGGGGGUACCCCAAUCUGAAGUCAGUAAAUGAACUAAUCUACAAGCGUGGUUAUGGCAAAAUCAGUAAGAAGCGAACUGCUUUGACAGAUAACGCUUUGAUUGCUCGAUCUCUUGGUAAAUACGGCAUCAUCUGCAUGGAGGAUCUGAUUCAUGAGAUCUAUACUGUUGCCUCUUUGAACUAUUUGUUCAAAGAGGCAAAUAACUUCCUGUGGCCCUUCAAAUUGUCUUCUCCACGAGGUGGAAUGAAGAAAAAGACCACCCAUUUUGUAGUAGGUGGAGAUGCUGGCAACAGGGAGGACCAGAUCAACAGGCUUAUUAGAAGAAUGAACUAAGGUGUCUACCAUGAUUAUUUUUCUAAGCUGUUUGGUUAAUAAACAG